CUUAAUCCGACAUGAAAUCUCCAUCCAUGUACGUCAAGUGCACAGCUAGGAGGUAAUGCAAUCUUCCCGACCCCACAAGCGGCAGUGAGAUGAAUGCUCGCGAUCACGUAAUUGCAAUGGAUUAUUAAGAAUUGAUACCCUUCUCAUGGUAUAUAAGGACUAAAUUCGUUUGCAAUACUUGUCAAUACAAAUCACUCUAUUCUUACGCCCUUCUACGUAUCCACUCCAACAUGACAGGCCUCCCUCUUUACGACACCGUCAUCCCCACCUUGACAAAGGGAUUGACCUCUUUCGACCACGUCCUGACCAAGGCCGAAGAGUACGCCAAAGAGAAAAAUCAGGAUGUGAAUGAGUUUACUGAGGCCCGCCUCGUUCAAGAUCAACUUCCGUUGGCCUUCCAAGUUCAGAAUGCCUCAAAAGCAGUUCAAGUCGCUGUUGGCCGAUUGACCGGCAUUGAGCCUGUCUUUUUCGAGAACGACGAGAAGACAUUUGACGAUCUUCACAAGCGGAUUCAAAAGACUCUGGAGGAGUUGAGGAAUGUUGAUCAAGUGGCGGUGAACUCUCGAGCGGGCGAGCUCGUUGACUUGUUUAUUCCAUGGGCGGGAACGACUCAACAAGUUUCAGUCGAGCAAGCUGUAUUGACUCACAACUUCCCCAACUUUUACUUCCACCUGACUACUGGGUAUUCCAUCUUGCGGGCCAAGGGCGUGCCUUUGGGGAAGAAGGACUUUCUUGCUAGCUUCCUUGGCUUCUAGUCAUGUAUUAGCAGUGAAUUAAAUAGAAUACGCUUACAAGGUCCAACUCUUACAACCUUGUUAAUUCCUCUUAUAGUCUCGGUUGCGUAUUCGUGAGUCCCAUGGACUAGGCGUAAGAGAUGGAAGUUGGAGCCACAUGACCACC